AAUAGAGCGAAGCAGUGGAGCAGGACCCGGCGGCGGCAAGUACUCUUUCCCUUCCUGCUGCCUUUGUUCUGCGGGGCUCUCUCGGAGCAGAUCCGAUACUCUAUUCCCGAAGAAAUGGCCAAGGGCUCGGUGGUGGGGAACCUCGCUGAGGACCUGGGGCUGCAUGUUCGGGAUUUAUUGACCCGCAACCUCAGAGUUAGUGCAGAGAAACAAUACUUUACCGUGAACAUGGAGAGUGGGAACAUACUUGUGAGUGACAGAAUUGAUCGGGAGUCGCUCUGUCUACAAAAUCCUCUGUGCGUUGUACCCUUAGAAAUUGUAGCACAGAAUCCCCUAAAUGUUUUUCACAUAAACGUGAUGAUAGAAGAUAUAAACGAUAAUCCACCUCAUUUCCCCCAAAAUAACAUUGUUUUACAAAUCAAUGAACUUGCAAUGCCAGGCACUCGGUUUGGCCUGGAAUCUGCUAUAGAUGCAGAUGUAGGGCCUCACUCUGUCCAGAGUUACCAACUCAGCUCUAGUGAGCAUUUCUCUCUGAUGAUGAAGGGCAAGACUGAAGACAAGAAUGCCCCAGAAUUAGUGUUGACGAAGCCCCUGGACCGGGAACAACAGAGCUCCCAUCUCCUGGUCCUGACAGCGGUGGACGGGGGCGACCCGGUCCUAACUGGCACUGCUGCAAUUCAAAUAAAGGUCACUGAUGCCAACGAUAAUGCCCCGGUGUUCAGCCAUGAUAUGUACAAAGUCAGCCUUAGAGAGAACUUGCCCCCAGGCACCUCUGUGCUAAAGGUGACAGCCACCGACCAGGACGAAGGUGUCAAUGCAGAAAUAACCUACUCAUUCAAAUCGCUACGAGAUGAUACUGGAAAUAUUUUUAUGCUAGACCAUCAAAACGGAGAAAUUAAAUCCAAAGGCCCUAUAGAUUUCGAAACCAGUAAAAGUUAUACCAUGAACAUAGAAGCCAGGGAUGGUGGAGGCAUGACCAGCGAAUGUAAAAUUAUACUAGAAAUUCUAGAUGAGAAUGACAACACCCCAGAUGUGGUUUUUACUUCCGUGACCAGUUCCAUAACCGAGGAUGCAGAACCUGGAACUGUGAUCGCUCUAUUCAAAACACAUGAUAAAGAUUCAGGAGAAAAUGGGGAGGUCACAUGCGUCAUAAAAGAAAAAGUUCCUUUUAGAAUUGAAUCUUCCUCCAAUAAUUACUACAAGCUUGUAACAGAUGGGGCCCUGGACCGGGAACACACUACAGAGUACAAUGUCACCAUCACUGCCACAGACAGGGGCAAACCGCCUCUCUCCUCCAGUACUUGCGUCACCCUACACAUUGGAGAUGUUAAUGACAACGCUCCGGUUUUCCACCAGGAGUCCUACGUGGUCCACCUGGCGGAGAACAAUCCUCCUGGAGUCUCCAUCGCUCAAGUCAUUGCCUAUGACCCUGACUUGGGGUCCAAUGGCUGCGUCUUCUACUCCAUUGUGGCCAGUGACCUGGAGACGAGGGAGCUAACGUCUUACGUGUCCGUGAACGCGCAGAGCGGAGUGGUGUUCGCGCAGCGCGCCUUCGACUACGAGCAGCUGCGCGCCUUCGAGCUGACGCUGCAGGCCCGCGACCAGGGCUCGCCCGCGCUCAGCGCCAACGUGAGCCUGCGCGUGUUG